AUGAGCUGUCCGAUGACUACGUUCUCAUCGGGAAUCAGAACGCUGGAGAAAGCACAGGCGAGUUCUACCAGAUCUUGCAUGCUGUGCAGUCUUCCGCUGACAUUCAGAGAAGUCUCGACGGAGACAAUUGACAAACUGCGGGCAUGGCUUUGUCCAUCGGAUUACAGCUCAGAUUCUUGUGAUCUCAAAAAGCAUCUUGCAACGCGCACAGCUGGCACCUGUCAAUGGCUACAAGAGAGGCAAGCUUUUCAAGAUUGGUACAGUUCUCCGGUAAAAAGUCUUCUUUGGCUUGAAGGCAUCCCAGGGAGUGGCAAGUCCGUCGUGACCUCGAGCGUAAUCGAACAGCUCGUGGAUAAUGUCACCCCAGUCCUGUACUUCUUCAUCCGCAGAACCAUCGAUUGCAACAAGAGCCCUGCUUCUCUGAUUCGCGAUUGGCUGAGCCAACUACUUUCAUACUCACUUUCUCUUACAGGACAGCUGACGACGGAGAUGACACAUCAUCCAAGUAUUUCCACGUUGACAUUUGAUUCUUUGUGGCAGAUCUUCAUUUCCACUAUAUCCGGCAUGAACAGAGUCUACUGUAUCAUCGAUGGUCUAGAUGAACUGGCGUCAGGCAAUGAAGGGUUUUAUGCGAGGAUCAUCGAGCUUGCUCACAUCAAGCCCUCGGCCGUGAAAACCUUGGUAGCCACCCGGCAGCUUGCUGCAGCUGAACAGGUUCUCACAAAAGGCACAUACACAAAGGUCAAGCUUAGUCGUCAGAAUACGGAAGGGGAUAUAGCCACGUUCGUGAGAUCCCGUCUUCACUCGUUCGACUUCUUCGAUUUAGACGAAGAGGGUCGACGACAGUUAGGUGACAUGAUCUGCAGACUUAGCAAUGGGCUCUUUCUUUACGCGAGGCUUGCAAUCGAUGAAUUGUUGGUGAAGAGUCACGAGUUGGGAAGGGAAUACCUGAAGUCCUCAUUAUCUGAUUUACCAAAAGGAGUUGAAAAUAUGUAUGCGUCCAUUCUAAACGAGCACCGGCUGAGGACUGGAACAUCGUUGGAACAACAGCUGACAAUUCUUCGCUGGGUUACUCACGCAACGCGGCCUCUUCGACUAAUAGAACUAGCCAACGUGCUGAACAUCCCAAAGGGUGAAUCAGCUGUACAGUCUUCUCAAGCCGAAGCCAAAGCCGAAGUUCGACGCUCUUGUGGACCGUUGUUGGAGGUUCUCCCCGACGAAACUGUACAAGUCAUCCACUAUUCUCUAACAGAAUAUCUCACCGACCAGAGGCGCGCGGCGGAUGAUCCGGGAGCGGAUUUGACGUAUCCUGUUAUUGCCCAGGAUCACGCACACUAUGUCAUUUCCACAGUAUGUCUCCGGUAUCUGUCGUUCAGCUGGUUCCUCACUCCUUGGGACGAGGAGUCAGACUACCACGAUCUGGAGGACAAUGAUUCGCGUUUCGCAGGAGAUGAGAUCCGGUGGAAAAAUGAGUGCAGAGAGAGAUCCAGAGAUUUCCCAUUCCUGGACUAUGCGGCAAACAAUUGGGCGACGCACGUCCAUGUAUAUGGGAAACGCGACAAUGAGCUUUUCGCAGCGCUUGACUCUUUCCUGCUCAUCAAACAACAACUACUCCGAAACUGGCUGAACUUCUUCUGGCUGGCCCGCCAUGGGUGGAGUCGGGCUCCUCAAAACUUCAAAGCUUUACACGUUGCUGCCAUCUUCGGGCUUACCUCGUACGCGGAGCACCUCCUGGGAAUGGAUGAAUCUGCAGCCUCGGUUGAGACUACUGAAAACCGGAGCUGUUUGUCAUACGCUGCAGAAAUGGGUCAUACAGCCACAGUCGCGCUUUUGUUGAAGCACUGUGACCCCAAGGCUCAUAGCAGUUCUCGCCUUACCGCUUUAGAUUAUGCAGCCCAAUGUGGGCAUGUUUCGACGGUAAGACUACUUCUAAAUGCAGCGAUUGAUCCUGUAGCUCCGGUUACGAAGUGUGAUCGGCCUGGCUCAUGGUGUUGCUCAUACAAAAAAAUCAAGGACAAACAAUCUCUUCGUUUGGCUAUUCAGAAAGGUGAAACUCGGGUUGUUCAGGCACUGCUAGACUAUAUGAGUCCCGACGACCUAAAGCAAACCGGUGUCGAUCCCACUCCCCUUCAUUGGGCCGCCAAAUACGGACGUGCUGAGAUCGCCGCUAUUCUACUCGACAGGGGACGAAUACCUGUUGACAGUAAGAAUAAGCAUGGACAUACACCCCUUUACAAAGCUGCUAGCUGUGGAUCUGCAGCAGUCGUGAGGGUUCUUUUGGGCCAUGGUGCCGAUUAUGGACUCAUGUUCAGGGCCAAACGCACCUGGAGCAAAGACCUACAACCGGAGAUAUCUCUCCUACACGCGUGUGCGGACAGACAGACAUCCAACGACUCAAAUCUUGCUCACACAGAGGACAUAGUGCAGAUCGCCUUGGAGUUGCUCAAGGCGGGGAUCGAUGUUAACAUUCGUGAUUCGACUGGCAAGACGCCGCUCCAUAAAGCCUCUGCGGCCUUCGGACAGUCUCAAAUGACCUGUCUAUUGCUCCAGCAUGGAGCAAACCCGUCUGCGUCCGACAAUAUGGGAAACGAGCCUCUACACAAUUCAGCACCUCAUGAUAUCCCAGUCCUUGUUGGAGCCGGCGCAGACCCCAAUGCUCGGCGGAAGGACGGUAAAACUCCGCUUCUCGCGUUCCUGAGUGAGCUUUAUGUGGAUCACACUCAAGUUGUCAAGGCACUAAUCGAGUCGGGAGCUGAUGUCAAUUUACAAGAUAGGGAAGGCAACUCGGCAUUAAUGCUGAGCUUGAGAGAAUGCUAUAAUCCAGUCUUCGACCUUCUUCUGGAGAGCGGAGCUGAUCCAAACACCAAAAAUAAUCAAGGCAAGGGAAUACUGCAUGAAAUCAAUAAAGAUGGUCCCCUUUUGGGAAGUCCGGCCGUGAUGAGACUGUUGAAAGAGAGACGGAUCGACAUCAAUGCUCAAGACAACAACGGAGAGACCGCCCUAUUCCUCAGCACCCUUCGCGGCGAGCCCCAAAAACUUUCUAUGCUCCUGGAUGCUGGAGCCGAUAUUAAUAUACACGAUUUCAGGGGAAGAUCUCUUCUGCACGCGUCGGUUGGGUCCGUGCCAGGAAUAUUUCCAGAUGUCAAUCAAUUUCACAAUUGCAGGGAAAAAGUCUCCAUGCUCAGACGAUUUCUGGCCCUUGGUCUGGACCCUUCUGCAAUUGACCUUCAAGGGAACACAGCACUGAUAGAGCUGGCCAAAGCGGAUUGGAAUACAUCGCCUUUGCCACUACACAAACAAGAAAAUGGUUAUCGUCUCGAAGCCAUCGAUAUCUUGCUCUCAUCUGGUGCCUCUCCGUUUCACAGAAAUACCGAUGGCCGGACAUGCUUGCACCUCUGCGCAUCGAAUGUUGACCGCGUCUGGGCGAAUGGACAAUGCACGCCCAACAUGGUUGGAAAGAAUCUGCCAAUACACGCAUUUCUGAAACUUGGCUUCGAUAUUGAGGAUAAGGACAAGAAUGGAAAUACGGCGCUCCACGCUGCUGCCUUCGUUAGUGGCACUUCAGGUCGUAUUGGGGAAUAUCACGUCUCACCCCUCCUCGAGGCUGGGGCCGAUCCGACAUCAAUAAACAACGAUCUCAAGACACCGCUUCACCUUGCGGCAGAGGCGAGACAAUGUAGUUCGGUUGAGAUCUUGGCGAAGGCCAUGAGAAGCAGUCAGAAACUGGAUCAUCAAGAUUCUCUGGGGAAAACUGCUCUGCAUUACGCUGCGUGUGCUGGAAGACUUGCCUCUGUUCGUAGUCUGCUUAGGGCGGGUGCAAGUCAUUCUAUUGAGGACGGUGAAGGGCAGACUCCGCUUCAUGUGGCGGCAACUUAUGCCAGUGACGACUAUUCGGGCCUCGCACCGCUAGAGACUCGCCAGAAUCACGAUAUAAUCCUCGAGUUGUUGGCAGCAGGGGCGGGCGCUGAUGACAAGGGCUACAAAGGCAUGACACUAGAGGAUAUUCCCAUUCAGUUGGCUUGCGAGCAAAUCGACGAGAAGUUUGCACAGGCAAAGCCCGUCGGUCUCACUGGCAUUAAUAGGUCACACCAUCCCCAAGACAUCAAUGAGACUGUCUUAUGGAGGCUCGGGACUAAGUAUCAGGUUCCCGCUGAGAGCAUCGAAGCCAUGAUCCAAGGUAGAGAUAUCAGACGACUCACAGAGCUGUUAUGCGAUGCCUCCAGAAGAUGGGAUCAUAUUACGACGAACUCCUUGCUCUGCUUGAACCCUGAAUUGCUGUUCAGUUGCCCUGAGAAUCCGGAUUAUUCAAUCAGCUGCGGGCCCCCUCUCCAUAUUAUGGCACUUUCGGGUUGGGACCGGAUGAUGAGCAGGUAUCUUUCGAACGAUUCUCUGGACAAGGUCGGACAGUACAAUCAAACGCUCUUGCACUAUGCAGUCAGGUGCGAGACCAAUAACCUCGACGUGCUGAAGCUCCUUGUCGAAUAUGGGUUAGAUGUCAACACAAGGGCCGAACAUCCGCCAGACCAACAUUACGAUUCCAGUUCAACGCCGGGACCCACAGCUCUUCACCAUCUCGCAACCUCCAACUAUUACUGGUGUGUCGAAGCUCUCGAGUACUUGGUGUCGGUUGGAGGAGACAUCAGUAUAGAUAACGGAUUCGAACAAGACUGCCUUCAGAUCGCGAUGCAACGCGGUGGCUUCUGGAAGCAUGAGAAGGAGGCGAUAUGGCCAUGGUCCAGACGCUGCUUGAUCACGGGGUUGACCUGA